AUGUCAGCAACGCUUGCGCCGCAUCAGACGGUCCGACAACGCAAGCGGGUACUGCGCAAGGCCAUGGCUGCGAAGCUCUCUGAAAUUUCAGCUCAGGAUAUUGCUGCACAAUCGUCCGAAGUCUCGUCACUCAUUCUCAAUUCGGAUUACUGGGCGCAGGCGCAGACGGUGAGCAUCUACGUCAAUAUGAAAUCCGGUGAAAUAAUCACGGAUCAACUAUGCACCGACGCUUUAAAACAAGGCAAAAAGCUCUACGUCCCCCUCUUUGCAUCACCAGCAUCAACCUCAGAGCAAGGAAAGGAGACCGCGGACGCAGGAGCUGCUGUUUUUGCUCGCUCGAAAGAGUCCGCUGGCUUGUUGGGGCAAGCAAAGCUGACGCCACACUCUGCGCCAACGCCACCAACCACAUCUGCGUCUACAAACGGCCAAGCACCUCCUGUCGCCUUUCCUGGUCCCCUGCAGGCGUCUAAAACACCGCCCACGACAGGUCAGGUGUUCGCGUCGGACAUGCGCAUGUUGCGCAUUCGUUCUCAGCAGGAUUUUGAGGACAUGAAGACGAACAGGUGGGGGAUACGCGAGCCGCUUGAUUAUUACGCGGUCGAGGGUGAUGUGAGCGAGGUCGAGCCGCAACGGAGGGAAGAUGCUCUCGAGCAAAGCACAGGCGGCAACGGACUGGACCUGAUUCUCGCACCGGGCGUCGCAUUUGAUGCAGAAUGCGGCCGACUCGGACACGGCAAAGGCUACUACGAUCGCUACAUUUCUCGAACGACCGCGUUCAAUGCCCGUAAUGGUAGAAGGCCGCCAGCCGUUGUUGCACUGGCGCUACAAGAGCAAAUACUGCCAGAACGGGAGCGCGUCCCUGCGGAUGAGGAUGACGUCCCUAUCACAGCUGUAGCCACUCCCAGCGGUUGGAUCAAGCGCUCGCCAUGA